AGCACAGGAGAGUACUGGAGGGACAGAAGAAGACUGCGUCAUCAUCGUCUUCGUCAUCAUCGUCGUCGUCGUUGUCAUUGUUUUGGUCGAGAGCUUCUGCUGAAGACUGAAUGACCGGUGACUAUUCUGACAGAGCUGGUGUUAGGUGAAUAACGAGAUCAGUCAGCAUGACAGCCAAGCACGGGCUGAUAACUGAUUCCUUCAAGGUGGUGAAGAAAGCAAGGAGAGGGGGUAAACGAGAGAAGACUCCUUCUCCUCCUCCACCACAGAGAGAGGCUGAAACUGAAACGGUCCGAGAGAAGGAGCUGCAGAAGCUCAGACAGUUUGAUCUGGACUGGAGAUUUGGGCCUUGCACAGGUAUCAGCAGGAUGCAGAGAUGGGAGAGAGCAAAACUUCAUGGUCUGAACCCACCUGAGGAGAUCAGAUGGCUGUUGUUGCAAACACACACUGACUCCGAGUACAGCCUGAGCCUAUGGAGCGAAUAUCCUUUGUGAGGAAGCCACUGGAAGAAAAAGCGAAGAGCGUAAACACCAACAGAAGUCACAAAUGUGUCUCAGAGAGAUUUCCUUUCUAUUCUUAACCUCAUGAUAAAGAGUUAAAAUAUCUAAAAGGAGGAAUCUCUCCAACAGAACAAAAUAGGAGCUUCACUUUUUCAGGAAGGAGAAAGGCAGAUGUCACAUCAUGUACCUGUGGUUGUUUUGUGUAUGCUCUAUGAUGUUGUCUGCUACGCAAUAAGAUUUUAUUCAAGUUUUUGAUAAAAGAAAUCUCCCAAAACA